GAGACUGAAGUCUGAGCCUUCCAGCGACACUUUCCCGCUCUACCUGUCUGCCUGCUCACCUGUCUGCGCGUGCCAGGCUCGGACAGGAAACAACAGGAAAAGACGAAGAAGAGGAGCAGGAGGAGGCGGAGGAGUGGGUCAGAGUUGAAAGUAGUUUCCUCCGCGCGGAGGCUCCGCUGUGAACAUGGAGCUGGCUGGAAGUUUGGUGCUGCGCGCGGCGCUCCUUCUGCUGGCGCUGGGACUAACGGGCGCGCGGGCGGACACCUUCAAAGCUUGUCUAUCUGGUCGGUCUCCUGACUGCAUGCUGGUCCAGUCCAAAGAAGAUGACUUUGACUGGGAGCAGGGCGACACCCGAGACCGAUCGGCCACCCCCUGGAUCCCUGCAGGCUCCUCCUACCUGUUUGUGAACACGUCAGGUCGCUAUGGUGGUCAGCGCGCUCAGCUGCUACUACCGCCACUCAGAGAAAACGACACGCACUGCCUCAGUUUCCUGUUUUACCAGGUUGGAGGGCGCGAGGGUGCCGUGCCCGCUACGCUUAACAUCUACAUCAAAGAGAACAGUAGUCCUCUGGGAGUUCCUGUCUUUAACUCCUCAGGCCCCGCCUACCACAUCUGGAAGGGGGUGGAGCUUGCUGUGUCCACCUUCUGGCCCAAUCACUACGAGGUGGUGUUUGAGGCGGUCAGCACCGGUCACAGAGGCAUUCUGGCCAUCAAGGACAUCUCACUGCAGGGACACCAGUGCAUGAGCACCCCUCACUUCCUGCAUAUCAAAGGUGUGGAGGUGAACGCAGGACAGACAGCCACGUUUCACUGCACCGUCAACGGACGUCCGCAGAGCAACCUGCUGCUGUACCUGCAGGGAAUGGGCGGUCGGCAGGCCGCAGUACGGGAAACCAAACCGCUGAACGCUCGGCGUUACGUGGCGAACUUCAAUGUGGACAACACGACCAAAGGAGACUCUGGACGCUACCGCUGCAUCGCCCAAUCAGAGCGAGGGGUGGGCGUGUCCUCCUACGCUGACCUCACAGUCAAACAGCCCCCUGUACCCAUCGCCCCUCCUCAGCUGACAGCAGUUGGUGCCACCUACCUGUGGAUACAACUUAACGCCAACUCGAUCAAUGGGGACGGCCCAAUCAUUGAGCGAGAGGUUGAGUAUCGGACGACGGCAGGCAUGUUGAUCGACACCACACCGGUUGAUAAGCCCACUCAUAAAAUCGGGCAUCUGGACCCCGACACAGAGUACGAGAUCAGUGUGCUCCUCACCAGGCCCCUGGAUGGAGGCACAGGGAACCCCGGGCCACCGCUCAGAGCCAGGACCAAGUGUGCAGAUCCGAUGAACGGCCCGCGGCGUCUCGAAGUCGUUGACAUCCAGUCCAAACAGGUGACGGUUCGCUGGGAACCAUUCGGAUACAACGUGACACGCUGCUACAGCUACAACCUGACUGUGCAGUACCGCUACAGACCUGCAGGGGCCCUGAGCAGGGAGCCAGCGAAGGAGGAGGUGCGGGAGGAGGAGGUGUAUGACACAAGGAGCACCAUGCCGACGCACACCGUACGUAACCUUCCACCCUUCACCAACGUCAGCCUGAGACUCAUCCUGAGCAACCCCGAAGGACGCAAGGAGAGCGAGGAGCUGCUGGUGCUGACAGACGAGGAUGUUCCCGGGGCAGUCCCCGUGGACUCGAUCCUCGGCAGCAGCUACGAGCAGCAGAUCAGCCUGAGCUGGAGGGAACCGCUGCAGACCUACGGCCUGAUCCGGCAGUAUGAGAUAUCCUACAAAGCCUUGAGCUCCUUCGACACGGAGUUUGACCUGUCCAAUCAGAGCGGCAAGGUGUUGAAACCGGCCAAUGAGACAAGCCACAUGUUCACCGGCCUCUACCCGGGCUCCACCUACUCCUUCACAAUAAGAGCCUCCACUGUUAAAGGCUUUGGGCCCCCUGUUAUCACCCAGUUUACCACCAAGAUCUCAGCUCCUCUGAUGCCGGCAUACGAUCAGGAGUCUCCCCUGAAUCAGACCGACUCCACCGUCACCGUCCUGCUGAAGCCCGCUCAGAGCCGUGGGGCUCCGGUCAGUAAAUACCAGGUGGUGGUGGAAGAGGAGCGCCCCCGCAGGCAGACCAGAGGCACUGCAGAGAUUCUGCGCUGCUAUCCAGUGCCCAUUCACUUCCAGAACGCCACGCUGCUGGACUCCCAGUAUUACUUCAGCGCUGAGCUUCCAAUGAGCGAGCUGAGGGCGCCCAUGCCCUUCUGUGUGGGUGACAACAGGACCUACAGUGGUUACUGGAACGCUCCCCUCCUGCCUCAUAAGAGUUAUGGGAUUUACUAUCAGGCUGUCAGCACUGCCAAUGGGGAGACAAAGAUCGACUGUGUGCGAGUGGCCACUAAAGCCGCUAUAAUCGUCACCCAGCUCACCACGCCCUACAUUCGCAUCGCCCCGGCAGCAGGCGACAAGCAGCUAACAGGCACUGCGACCAGGAAACCAGAACCGGAGCAGGAGAAACAGUCGGACCACACGGUGAAGAUCGCCGGCUCCAUCGCCGGCAUCCUGCUGUUCAUCAUUAUCUUCCUGGGAGUCAUCCUGCUGAUGAAGAAACGACGAAGAAAUUAUCACUCCUACACUUAUUACCUGAAGUUGGCGAAGAAGAGGAAGGAAACUCUGAGCUCCAGACAGGAAAUGACCCUGAUGGUGAACAGCUCCCAGCACACCACCAUGGUGGACACGCACGUGCACACGCUGAACGGACGCACUGUUUCAUCUCCGUCCUCCUUCACCUUGAAGACAAACACCAUCAGCACCUCCGUACCAAACUCCUACUACCCAGAUCCCUUCGUACCGACAGCCAUUCUGGUGCCCAUUAAUGAUGACAGCCACACUAUGACCAGUGAAACCAGUAGCCUGGUCCAGUCCCACUACAAGCAGCGGGACUCUGAAAGGGAGGCGCUGCCGUAUCAGACAGGACAGCUGCACCCGGCCAUCCGAGUGGCCGACCUGCUGCAGCACAUCACCCAGAUGAAAUGUGCUGAGGGCUAUGGUUUCAAGGAGGAAUACGAGCUUAACGAGAGUUUUUUUGAGGGACAGUCCGCUCCCUGGGAUUCGGCCAAGAAGGACGAGAACCGCAUGAAGAAUCGCUACGGCAACAUCAUCGCUUAUGAUCACUCUCGUGUGCGUCUGCAGCCUCAGGAUGGAGACGGCGGCUCGGACUACAUCAACGCUAACUAUGUAGACGGCUACCACAGACCCAACCACUACAUCGCGACUCAGGGUCCCAUGCAGGAGACGGUGUAUGAUUUCUGGAGGAUGGUUUGGCAGGAGAAUACCGCCGCCAUUGUCAUGGUAACCAACCUGGUGGAGGUCGGCCGGGUGAAGUGUUGUAAGUACUGGCCUGAUGACACGGAGAUCUACGGCGACAUGAAGGUGACGCUGAUCGAGACUCAGCUGCUGUCUGAGUACGUGAUCCGGACCUUUGCUGUAGAGAAGAGGGGUGUGGCAGAGAUCAGGGAGAUCCGUCAGUUUCAUUUCACCGGUUGGCCUGAUCAUGGCGUCCCGCUUCACGCCACCGGGCUGCUCGGCUUCAUCCGCCGCGUCAAGGCCAAAACCCCACCCACCGCCGGCCCCACUGUGGUCCACUGCAGUGCGGGGGCGGGGCGUACAGGAUGCUUCAUCGUGAUCGACAUCAUGCUGGACAUGGCGGAGAGAGAGGGCGUGGUUGACAUCUACAAUUGUGUCCGCGAGCUGAGAGCACGAAGGGUUAACAUGGUCCAGACUGAGGAGCAGUACGUCUUCAUCCACGAUGCCAUCUUGGAGGCGUGUCUGUGCGGUGACACAGCGAUUCCAGCCAGUCAGCUGCGGUCGGUUUAUUAUGAGAUGAACCGAUUGGAUCCUCAGACCAACUCGAGUCAGAUCAAAGAGGAGUUCAGGACGCUGAACAUGGUGACGCCGACUCUGCGGGUGGAGGACUGCAGCAUCGCUCUGCUGCCCAGAAACCACGAGAAGAACCGUUGCAUGGACGUGCUGCCUCCAGACCGCUGCCUGCCCUUCCUCAUCACCAUCGACGGGGAGAGCUCCAACUACAUCAACGCUGCGCUCAUGGACAGCUACAAGCAGCCGUCGGCGUUCAUCGUUACCCAGCAUCCUUUGCCCAACACGGUGAAGGACUUCUGGCGCCUGGUCCUCGACUAUCACUGCACAUCCAUCGUCAUGCUGAAUGAUGUCGACCCUGCACAGCUGUGCCCUCAGUACUGGCCAGAGAAUGGUCUCCAUCGCCUCGGCUCGCUGCAGGUGGAGUUCGUGUCCGCUGACCUGGAGGAGGACGUGAUCAGCCGAAUCUUCAGGAUCUACAACACAGCCAGGCCGCAGGACGGGUACCGCAUGGUGCAGCAGUUCCAGUUCCUGGGCUGGCCGAUGUACCGCGACACGCCCGUCUCCAAGCGCUCCUUCCUCAAGCUCGUGCACCAGGUGGACAAAUGGCAGGAGGAGUACGACGGCGGCGAGGGGCGCACCGUCGUCCACUGCCUGAAUGGCGGAGGUCGCAGUGGUGUGUUCUGCAGUAUCAGUAUCGUGUGUGAGAUGUUGCGUCAGCAGCGCUGCGUCGACGUUUUUCACGCUGUAAAAACUUUGAGGAACAACAAGCCAAACAUGGUCGACCUGCUGGAACAGUAUAAGUUCUGUUAUGAAGUCGCUCUGGAGUACCUGAACUCUGCUUAGAGCCUCCUUCAACACAGAGGAGGAGGAGCAGAGAGACUACUGACUGAAGAAGAGGAGGAGGAUGAAGGCAUGUUUACACUGCCUGGUUUGAACUGUUGGAUUCUGUGAGCGACGCUCAGCGUUCACCUCGUGUCACUUUGUGGUUUUUUUACCCUUUUGUUGUUUCAAUGAAACUGAAACAAUAAAAACACCAUCAGAGCGGGUCGCUUCACCUGUCAGCCAUCCCCACCACCAGCACAGGAAGUCCUUACAGCCAGGAUUCAAAACAGGAUGUCCUUGCAGUCAUGUUUUGUACAGGAAUCUUUAACCGUGUCCGAUUGCUGGUUGAAAUCAGCUGACCUGUCAGGAAGAAGCUGCUGUCCGCGGAGAAUCAUUAACCCUCGCAUAAACCCUCUUACCUCUGAGAUUGAAGGGACCCUAAAAUCAGAUUGACUUUCAUUUGUGAAUUCAUGUCAUGUCAAGAAGUGUGAACUUCAUCAUCCCUCUGGAAACAAGACUGAAAGUUGGCUGGAUCACGCUGACCAAGGUAGCUAAGAUGGUUUGACCCUGCAGAGGCAGGAAGUCACUCGGCCUGAAUCUGAGUGCCAUAGUCUGGCCAGUUAUGAUAAAACUUAUUUAACCAAACAAACUUCACCAAUUUGAAUCUGCCAACUCUUCCCCCAAAGAGGCCCAAAAUCAAACCAAAUCUGGCAGACAUCACAGAGCCAGAGCUGUCAGAACACGUGUCUGCCUUCACGCAGCCGAGAGUCUGCAGACGCUUGGCCAAGAGUCUGCCAAUGCUCAGCUGAGAGUCAGUUGACCCUCAGCCGAGAUUCUGGACACUCAGUCGAGAGUCUGCCGACAUUUAGCUGAGUCUGCCAAAAUUAGCAGAGUCUGCGGACACGCUUAUUUAUAAAGAUGUAGUGAGUGCUGACAGCUGUCUGGUAUGAAAUGAUCACAGCAAGUAAUUAGUGAUUAGUUCACCAUUGGUCAAGUUGUGCACAUCAGCAGUCCCCGACCUUUUUUGUGCCACGGACCGGUUCAUGUCCGACAAUAUUUUCACGGACCAGUCUUUAAGGAUAAAUACAACAAAAUAAAAACAUUACCGCUACCAAAAAAAAGAUUUAUUCAUAACACUCGGGAUAAGACGUAGGGAAACAGAGUUAACGAUAAAAACGAUUAAAAAAAUAACGAUAAAAGCCCUAAAAACCAUAAAGUUCACACCCGAGCCUCAACUCUCGCAGUCUGUUACCAAACGACCGGUCCGUGGCCCGGGGGUUGGGGACCGCUGGUGCACAUGACAUCAGAGCUCAGGCUCAUUAUUGUGUUUAAUUAAGCACAGCCAUGAUUAGAAGCUGAAUGAUGCCAACAUUUGUUAAUAUAUUUUUCUUUAUUUAUGUGUAGGGAUGGGUAUCGAAACCCGGUUCUGUUUCAAUUCCUUGGAAUUGUUUGCCAUUUUUGCAAACGAUUCCCUUAUCGAUUCCAGUCGCCCCGAAUGACGUCACCACGUUGCGGAGCGUCAUUUACCUGGCAGGAAACAUGGCGGCUCAAACGCUCAAAAGUUUGGUCAUACUUUACGAGAACGGAUGACAACAGGGAACUUGCAAUACUUGCAAAGUAGAUAUUUCAUUUAAGGGAGGAAACACUACGAAUCUGCAAAAGCAUUUGCUCACAAAACACGCGAUGACCUUAAAUGAAUGUCGUGUUUUUAAUUCCUCUCCGGACUCGUGAAUCUCAACCCAGCAGCAGCGGUAACGUUUGCACGUCCUCUCCCGUUAAUGCGGCAGGUAAAUAAUCAACUAACAGUGCAUAUUAUGUUAGCGCGAUCUGCCUUAUUACAAAACCUGCCAUUACUGUGCAUUUAGGUGACCAUGAUGAGACAGACAGAGUCUGGCUGGCUCAGAUGCUGGCAGUUCUCGCUGCAGUCUGCCGGUAGCGUCUCCUUUCAGGCCAGGAUAGACGAAUGUCACCGAGCAGUGACUAAGUUUGUGGUCAAAGGCUUGCACCCAUUUGCCACAGCAGAUGCCCCCGAUUUUCAGUAAGUGAAUGUGUUUAAUUGUAGGCAGGGACAUUACUGGAUAUUCUUGUGUAAUUGCUACAGAAUAAUUUAUGUUAUACUUUGUUAUUGCUACAGAAGAAUAUUUAUUUUAUUUUACAUUUACAAUUUUUUUCCCCGGGGACCCUGUGACACCCCAUUGAAGAGCCGUAGGCUGUGGAUCUCUUAAGAUCUCACUGUUGGGUUUGUAAGGCCAUGUUACUCCUAAAUUUCUAUCUUGUUCAAGAUAUAAAACAAAGUUCUAAGCUAAUCGACCUUAGUGUUCUCCUUUUUUAAAAAGAAUCGAUAAAGAAUCGAAUCGUUAAACAGAAUCGAAAAUGGAAUCGGAAUCGUAAAAAUCUUAUCAAUACCCAUCCCUAUUUAUGUGUAUCAUCAAGUAAAAAUGCCAACAUGUUUCAGAUUUUCACAGGUUUUAAAUCGAAACACUUUCCUCUGAUGAGUCUGACGUGAAUUCAUAAUCUCUACAGAGCAGCAUGUGGAUGUGUUAGAAGAGCUUGGUUUAAUCAGUUAUAGAAAUAUGUGAGGAGGACACAGAGAUGGCAGAGAGAUACCAGGAUAUAGUGAUCCCUGAUACCUCAUGUCAUCAUGGACCAUCAGUACGAUCCAGUUUGAGGAGCUGGAACCAGUAAACCCAAAUGAGCCAAAAACUGAUCAAGCUGAUGAACUGGAUCCUCAAAAUAACCUCAACUCAAGGCCAAUUGCUGUCCAUUGUUCCAGAGCUGUGUCACUCACAGAGUUCAUUGCUGAGAAUGAAAAGAUGAUUUUUUCAUGUUUUGCACCUGAGGACUUGUGUAUGAUUCUGGUCGGUCUAACCUCAGAAAGCACAGAAAAAAAAGUGUCAUGGUUCUUCUUGGGUUUUUUCCACUUAGAUGUUUAAAGAUGUUUAAUGACACAUUGAGAGUCAUCAUCCGUUUUCUUCUCUGACGUUUAAUCUCUGCUGCUUCAGAUUUAAAAGUAACUGAACUGGAAACAUCGAAGCACAUCGUCCUUCGUCUGGUCCUUGACUCCCAUCACUUUGUGGUUUUCAGUGUUUCUUUGUUUUGUCGUCACGCAGCAGGUGGGCGAGGCCGGCUGCUGGGUUGUUUCAGACUGUUAAUAAUGUACAUAGAGCAGCGGGAGGCAGGAAGAAGAAUAUUUAUUCCUUCAUUUGUUCUUGGUGUCCAUGCCGUCCUUGUUCUCCUGAAGCACACAGAGAGAGACAAUCAUGGUGGACGAUUUUAGCGUUUCGCCAACAGAAUCACAGGUCGCGCUCUCAGCCCGGUCCUGUGGGUGUGGCUUCGCCUGAACCCUGUUGAUGAAUGGCUCUGGUGCUGAGGAGAACUUAAUGAAAGCUUUUAUUUAUGUUGCUGAUUCCAGAAUAUAACAAAUAAAAACCUGUAUACACUC